AUGUUCGCUCCAAUGCUUCCCCCACCCCUCCCAGCUGCCACACGGACGCAACUGCCCAUGAACCGCAAGUUUAUGUCAGCGGGCAGUCUCAUCGACAACCCCGCGUCACUUUCGAUGCCCUCCAAAAGCGCAUGCCCACCGCCGCAGAUGACGGCUCCAGCCCCCAGCUCCACUGCUGCCCAACCAUCCUCCCCACCUCACGAGCCCGCUCCAGCUCUCAUGCAGACACCCGCCCUGUCACCAUCCCAGCCCCUCACACGCCCACCCUUCCGCAAGCGCGUCUCCCACCAACGCGCCACGCUCGCUCGCGCACGCCGCUUUGUCGCCAAGAUCGCUCCGCUCUACUUGCACCCGGGUGCGCGCCCUGCCGUCGCGGCGUUCAUGGGUGCAUACCUCCAACUGCGGCAGCAAGUUGAGCGCGACGAGUCGUGCGGUGCGCCAAACUGCUGUGCCCUUUCUAGUGGCGAAAGUGCCAUGGACACUUCCAACGCUGGCCCAAGCACGGGUUCCUGGACCAACCUGGGCAACGGCCUUGGGCCAGGAUGUGCUCGUGCAUGGGAGGCUGUCAUUGCACGCGAGGCAGAGCGUCGUCGUGCAGAUCUCUUCCACACUGCUCUCCAGUCGCGCGAGAGCGCCGAACCCAUGGACAUUGACAAGUGGCGCUCCACCGUGGCUAGUUGGCGAAGUAUUACGCCACCAGGCCGCGAUCCCGCCCACCAGGUGGAUCUUGGCAACGAGGUCGACCACACCACCGGUCAGGACCCUCUCACCCCCCCGAAGACUACCACCGGAGAGGGCCUCGCCCAUCGCUGCUGCGAGUGUCGCGGUCUCGGCCUCGGCGUCGGACUGGGCCUCUCUCUCGGUCUUGCCGCUGGCCCGGAAACCAAAGCGCCGGUACCCUUCCUCCCCGCCUCACCGGAACGCGAGCGCGCAGCAGGAGAAGCGCUCAUGUUCCUCGCAACAGGAGCCGGCGCCGACGCCUCCAGGCGCCGAAAACGCGUCGAGGAUAGCCCAGACUCAGACACCGAUGUUGCUGAACCCGUGACAUCCGCACGCAAGCGUAUGCGCAUCCUGCCCACCCCCGAUAGCAGUGACGAGGAGGACCAAGGACCCAUGACCCCCCCAACGCCCACCAUGGUUAUGACGACGGAAACGACCGUCACAACUGCUACCACGGCUACGGCAAGCACUGACACUGUCGAGGUUAAGCAGGAGCCCCAGCACCCCCGUGGUCGUGACGCCAACCGCGAGCGCGAGGAGUAUGAGACCGAUGACGGGGACGAGCACACCCUUCUCUCUGCGGCCUUUGACAGGCGCGCAAGCGAGGUCUUCUUCUCCAUGCUCCGAGGACGGGUUGUAGGUGGCCGCGUCGUUGGUAUCAGCAGGAGUGGCGACAAGCCAGCUGCUCGUUGA